AUGGCGGGACUCCGUGUAGUGCGGGGACCGGACUGGACUCAGGGGGACGGGGAUGGAGGGGAGGGGCAUUUAGGGACGGUAGUGAUCGUCAGUGAGAGGGAGGCUGUCGUGAAUGUGAUCUGGGACAUUGGAAAUAUUACAACCUGCCGGAUCGGAAAAGACAACAAAUAUGAUCUGAGAGUGUUCGAUAAUGCUUCCAUAGGAAUUGUUUUUAAAAACAAGAAAUGUUCGGAAUGUCAGUGGGAAAUUUUCUAUGGAAUGUGCUGGGAGUGCAAAAUCUGUAAAGACACCGACCUCUGUACCAUUUGUUACUUCAGAGGCAAACACGACAUGGAACACGAGUUUGUCAGAUAUACUAUGCCAAAUGCAGAAGGAGUCGAAGUCCAAAAACGCUUCUCAAGUCUGGCCAUGAGGUCAUUUGGAAUGUAUCCUGGAGCCAAAGUCACCAGGGGAAGAGAUUGGGAUUACGAAGACCAAGACGGUGGAAGUGGGGCGGUGGGAACUGUACGGGACAUUCGCAGUUUCAAAAAGGAUAUGUCUCACCGUAACGCUGUUGGAGUCAUUUGGCCUUCAGGAAAAGUGUUUGCUUAUCGCAUUGGAUUCAAGGGGAAAGUUGAUCUUGCCUGCAAAGAAGUGGCGAGAGGAUUUGAAUAUUAUCGUGAACACCUUCCACUGCUAGAUCUUGAUUUGAUUAAGAAUCAGGUAACUACUCAGUCAACUGUUGGUGUAAAAAUUGGCGACCAAGUCUGCAUCACCCUUUCUAAAGCAGAAUUAAAGGAAGCACAGAAAAAUUUCGGGGGGUUUCAUGACGAGAUGGAAAGUGCCAUAGGGAAACGUGGUAUAAUCGAUGGUUUUACAGACAACGGGGGAAUUGUCGUCAAAUUCCAGGACAACAGAUGGGUCUUCAACCCAAAGGCUCUAAGCAAAGUUUGGAGGGUGGCCGCGGGGGAGACUGUCCGUGUAAAAAAUGACCAACAAAAAGUUGAAGCCCUCCAGAAAGGCCACGGAGAGUGGAAUCCAAAUAUGUCCAAGGUUUUGGGCAAAGUAGGUAAGAUAGCCCGAAUCACUCCUAAGAAUGAUGUAGUAGUGUCCUUCGGGAGGAAACACUGGGUAUUUAAUGUGGCCUGCUUGACCCCGUGCCCCGGGGCUCAGGUCGACGAGAUGGAGGAAGAGGAGGAUCUCUCUUUAUCCGUUGCAACUGCUGGCUUAGCGAAUGGAUUGGGGUUAUUACUAGAGCAACUGCGAAUACUACAAGCCCAGAAAAGCAGACUGUCCCCUGAACAGUUUCUCAGAAUGGCGGCUGAUGGAGACGAUAAAAUGGUGUCACAAAUGGUCAAAGGGGAACCAAACCUGUGUAAUAUGCAAAUAAAAGGAACAACGGCGUUGAUUGCUGCAUCAUUUGAAGGACAUGAUGGCGUUGUUAAGAUUUUGAUUGCCAGUGGAGCAAAAGUGGACCAAACGGACCAAAACGGAAAUACGGCAUUACUGGCCUCUGUUUCUGCGAACAAAUCCACCACUGUCAAGAUAUUGCUUGAAGCAGGGUGUGACGUCAAUGCUGCGAACAAAAACGGAAGGACAGCCAUUCACGUGGCCGCAAAAUCUGGUUUUGAGGAACCAGCUAAACUCUUGAUUGCAUAUAAAUGUAGCGUAAAUGUUCAGGACGUUGUUCGAGAUACACCCCUACAUGAUGCGAUUGAAAAUGGCCUGGACGCUCUUAUUUCCCUAAUUGCUGAUGUCAAGGAUAUUAAUUUUAGGCUUGUCAACAAAAACGGCUUUAACGCUCUCAUAUUUGCCGCUCUGAAAGGAAAUAAAACGGCAAUGAAUAAAAUCACAGCAAAAUGUCCAGAAAUGACAAAUGAACCAGAAUCAAACAAGAGCAACACAGCACUCCAUGUUGCUGCUUUGAAUAAUAAGACCGAGAUAGCCACAAUUCUGAUCCUACAAGGAAAAGCUGAUCCCAAUAAGCCGAACAAGGUGGGAAGAACACCCCUUCACUUGGCCUGUAUCGAGGCGUACUACGAUAUGGUUAAAAUUCUCCUCGAUCAUGGUGCGAAUAUUUCUAUCUCUGAUAACGAUGGUAACACGCCACUUCACUGUGCUCUAGGAGGCGUGCGAUCACAGCCAAUGCUGUUGAUCUUGAUGGGGCGUCAAGUUCAGACUAAGACAGAAAGAGUGAAGAUUGCCUGCAUGUUGAUAGAAUUUGGUGCCAAGAUCGAUCAGAGGAACAAAAAAGGCCAACAAGCCAUAGACCUAGCCACAGAAGCAGACGUCAAAGCUGCUGUACAACAACACGCCGAUUCUGUGUCAAAAAGACGAAGGGAACAGGGAGGCCGUGACCGGCCAUCGUCCGGUAGAAAGGAACAGCUGAUGUUUCAGCAGCAAAUGGUUGUACCCUGCUUCAUGUGCUUCCAACAGACCGGAAGUGUUACUAAUGACCCUUGUGGCCACAGAUGCUUAUGUCCAAACUGCAGUUUCCGGACGGAGGAAUGUCCGGUAUGCCUUCAGACGAUUAAUCGGCGACUCGAUCCUCAAGGAAAUGUUUUACAACCCCUCAGUUUAGAAGACCUUUGCAAAGUCCAGUAGCCGCUAAUACAAUCAACAACUUUAAAGAGAACUUUUAUAAAAUCAGUGUGAUGGAAUAAGAAGUUGUAUUUUGCAUGGACUAUAACACCAUAAAAUACUUACGAAUAAAUAAUUGUCCAUGUGGCAUUAAAAGAAACUGAAAUAGUUAUUGCCUUAUUAUGUAAAUAUUUGUUUGGUUUACUAUUAUUAUUAAAAGUAACUAUAUUUAUCCUUAUAGCGUUAUGCACGUGUAUAAUGUAAAGAUGUUAUUUGUUUACUUCCCAAAUCCAUUUAAUGUAUACGCAGAAAUGCUGAUAUAUAUAGGAAUAAAAUGCGUGCUAACCCGUCCGUAUAUAUGUACUUGUACAUUAUUUGACAUCCCAAAAACGUACAG